AUGUCUUCAUUAGAGGCCCAGCUACUGGACCGUAAUUCCCGUCUUGCUGCCUUAAGAAAUAAAAGGAGACCCCAAAACACCGUUCAAUCUCCUGUCGCCCCAGACACCACAUCGGCGUUAAGCGAUACUCUGAUAGUUGCACCAUCUGCUGAUGCGAAUCAAGCCCAAGAAACAGUACACACUGAAGCUCUACUUGACGACGAGGCGAGCAGUCCCAGUGCCGCUCCUACGUUUGAGAUUUCGGGUGAAAACAGAACUGAAACCAUCGAGGCUAUAUCGCUUUCCAUCCAAAACAAAUUCUUGAAUGAACAUUCCAGGGCUAUCCAGGCUGAGCUUAAUGAUCUGAACAACCAAGACCCUGAUGAGAUGCAUCAGCCGCUCAAACCUCACCAACAACUAAUGGAAAGGUUACAAGACAAGGUGACGUUGCUAGAGGAGAGAACCACGCGCAGUUUGCGGGAGAUACUAAAGCAGAGAAUAGAGGAGGAGAGACAGAAGCAGUCGGCGUAG